AUGAUCCCCAUCGCCCAAAAACAAUCCCGGCACGAGUCCAACAGCCUGGACAUCGUCGUAAUCGGCGCCGGCCUCGCAGGGGUCGGAGUAACAAUCUCCUCCCUCCUCGGCGGGCACAAGGUGCAUCUCCUCGAAACCGCGCCCCAAAUCGGCGAAAUCGGCGCCGGGAUCCAAGUCCUGCCUAACAGCUCGCGCGUGCUCCAACACUGGGGUCUUGAAGAGGCGUUGCUCAAACACGCGACUGUGCCCACGCAUGUGAAUUUCCGGGGCUGGCGCGGCGACCUCAUUUCCGCGCUGGAGUUUCGGGAGUCGGAGAGGCGGUAUCCGGGGACUUGGUAUCGGGAUUUCCAUCGCGCGGAUUUGCAUCGUUGUCUGGUAGAGAGGGCUGUGGAGUUGGGGGCGCAGCUCACUACGAGUGUGCGGGUUGUGGAUGUUGUUCCUGCGGGGGAUGGGGUCACGUCUACGGCUGUGGCGGACGAUGGGAGGGAGUUUGUUGGUGAUCUUGUUAUUGAUGCCACUGGGGUGUUUGGGAAGUUGUCUGAGAUCAUGCUGAAACGGCCUGAUCCGCCUGUGAAGACGGGGGAUUUGGCGUAUCGGCUGCUGCUGUCGACGGAGGAGAUGGUCAAGGAUCCGGAGUUGAGGACGCUUGUCGAGCAGCCGCAGGUCAAUUACUGGCUUGGGCCGGAUAAGCAUGCGGUCAAUUAUGUGCUUCGCAAUGGGAAACAGUUUAAUAUGGUCCUGCUGGUCCCCGACGAUAUCCCCGAGGACUCGCUGGCGACGACGGCCAAGGGUAAUGUCGAGGAGAUGUGCUCGCUGUUCGAGGGGUGGGAUCCACGGAUUGAGAAAUGCCUGAAGCUGUGCCAGUCCGUGCAAAAGUGGAAGCUGUGCAUCCGACUGGGCGAAUGCGACUGGACUCACCCUUCAGGAUCGUGGAUCAUGAUCGGCGACGCUGUGCAUGCGACCUUGCCGUAUCUCGCAUCUGGCGCCGGAAUGGCCUUUGAAGACGCCGCCGUCAUCGGCGAAGUCCUGUCGCGCCUCCCCAAUGACCCUUCCAUCAGCAAGAAAUCGCCUGAGUUCCUGGCCCAGAAGCGUCAUGCACUUGCCGUAUACGAGACCUGCAGGAAAGAGCGCACGCAGAUGGUCGUUAAGCGCGGAAAUGUCCAGCAGUAUCUGUAUCACCUCCACGACGGGCCGGAGCAGGAGGAGCGAGAUAGGAAGAUGAGGAUGGUUCCUACGCCGGAAGGAGAGUGUUUGGCCUGGAGGGAUCCGGGCCUUGCGCCGAAGUUGUUGGGAUAUGAUCAUAUUGCUGAUGUUAAUGAGCACUGGGAUGUUGCAGUGGAUGUAGAGGGUCAGAUGGCGUCACGGCUUUGA